GAAUUUCUGCGCAUGCGUGUUUUCAGUCGGCCUCCGGUCGCUUCGCCAUCUUUUUGGCAGCCCAUUGUUCACUCCGAAGCUACCAGCGGUGUCCAACCUCUUCACACUUCGCAUUAAAACAGCUGGACCGUGCCACCGAGAGUUGCCCGCCACCGUCGUGGAUUUGCUCACAAGGUCGCGACUUGUUUUCGGCCAGAAAGUGAGACAGAAUGGACGACGAGCAGCCCAAAACCCUGUAUGUGGGGAAUCUCUCCCGGGACGUGACAGAGGCCUUGAUUUUGGAGUUGUUUAGCCAGAUUGGACCCUGUAAAAGCUGUAAAAUGAUAGUAGAUACAGCAGGUCAUGAUCCGUACUGCUUUGUGGAGUUCUAUGAACAUAGACAUGCCACUGCCACAAUUGCAGCUAUGAAUGGUCGGAAAAUACUGGGUAAGGAAGUGAAGGUCAACUGGGCCACAACACCAACAAGCCAAAAGAAAGACACAAGCAGUCAUUUCCAUGUUUUUGUUGGAGAUCUAAGUCCUGAAAUCACCACAGAUGACAUUAAGGCUGCUUUCGCCCCUUUUGGGAAAAUAUCGGAUUGUCGAGUGGUGAAAGACAUGGCCACGGGUAAAUCUAAAGGCUAUGGCUUUGUUUCCUUCUUCAACAAAUGGGAUGCAGAGAAUGCCAUUCAGCAAAUGGGAGGACAGUGGUUGGGAGGAAGACAGAUCAGGACCAACUGGGCCACGAGGAAACCUGCUCCUAAAACCACCACUGAAACAACCAGUACCAAGCAGCUAUCAUUUGAUGAGGUGCUGAACCAGUCCAGCCCCAGCAACUGUACUGUCUACUGCGGAGGAGUCACAACCGGUCUCACAGAACAAAUCAUGAGACAGACCUUCUCUCCUUUUGGCCAAAUAAUGGAAAUUCGUGUUUUCCCAGAGAAGGGCUACUCGUUUGUGAGGUUUAACUCCCACGAGGCAGCAGCCCACGCCAUAGUUUCUGUUAACGGCACUUCCAUAGAGGGCAAUGUGGUCAAGUGUUACUGGGGCAAGGAAACGACAGACAUGGUCCAGGGCCCCAUACAGCAGGUACAGAUGGCACAGCAGAACACACUGAGCUUUGCAGCACAGCCCUACAACCAGUGGGGUCAGUGGUACAGCAACACCCAACAGAUCGGUCAGUAUGUCCCUAAUGGAUGGCAGGUGCCGAGCUACAGCGUCUAUGGGCAGACCUGGGAUCAGCAGGGCUACAAUCAUUUACAUGCUGGAGCUGGAUGGACAGGCGUGGGCGCCGUCAGCAACGGGGGCAUGGUAGAGCCCGGACAGGGCGUCAACGGGACGAUGCUAACCAACCAAGCAGGCAUGAGCGCUACUGGCUACCACACCCACUGAUCACAGUAACGCCGUCUAGACGUCUGAGGCCACAAGGGUCGUACUCCGCUGGGGAAGGAGUGCGCCAGAUGUGCUCCGUUUGUCACGUGACUAAAAUUGCUGUUACUGAAGCUGGUACAUCAUUUUACCAGCUCCACGCCUCACCCACUGCCCCAAUCUGGAAGAUUAGUCACCCUUUAACACUGUUAAAGCUACCGCUAAUGCACCUUGCAUUCCUGGGCCCGUUUCCAUUGUUCAGUGUUACUGGCCAAAUGUAAAUUAUACAGUGUGUCAGAAAGUUCUUGUUCCAAACAAAUGUUCAGUGAAUUAAAUCUACCGUAAAACUUCAGCUUAUUGUUUGUUUUCAGCCCCUGGAAGCCAAAGAGCAAGGGCAGGAUUUUAUAUCAACAUUUAACGAUCAUCCAGGGCAAAGAGGCAGUUCGCUUCGCCACAGGAAGCACUCAGUCCACAGUUUUGGAACACAGCCACAAGAUAUGUAACAAAAGAGAGCUCUUCCUGUUGCUUUCCACUGGUUACUAUGGUGACACAUGAGUUUGAGUGAGUCCUCAGGGUGUUGAGUCAUUCUGUGAAACAUACAUGUAAGCAGGUUGAUGGGAAUUUGGGUGCAACAAAACUCAGACGCCAGUGCUCCUUCAUCCCCUUGACCGGACUGAACAGACGGAAGAAUCCCAUCUGUGGAUAUGAAGUGUGUGUGUAUGUGUGUGUGUGUGUGUGCAUGAACUGAUGAUUUUAUUCACCAAGACAAGGUCCUGAUCAUCUUCCCGCUGAAUCCAGAAGGACUAUGCCAUUAUUAUUUUGUUUUUGCUACAAAAUGAUAGAGAAAAUGUGUUUUUAUUUUUUUGGAGCAAUUUAAAGAAAAAAUGCUGAUGUUGUACAAAGAGCUUUUGCCUUUUGUGUUUUAUGUCAGGACUGAAGAAGAGUUUGUGACACCAUCAAGAGACAUGCAAAGACCUCUUUUGUUUGUUUAGAACAACAGGAAGUGGCUGUCAACUUUAUUUUUUAAAUUAGUUCUAUCUGAAAUAAAACAAUUGCAGGGAUUACUGCCACUCUUAUCUUACUUACAGGCAGAUGGAUAUUGCACAAAGUCUUAGUUGUCCUCACAAAAUUUGAAAUAACAAAUUGUUUUGUUUCUGCAUUCCACUUUGUGAUUUUAUUUGGAAGCCUGUUUUAUGUAAAUAGCCAAUUUUUCUGUUAAAUUGUACUAAAUCUGUAUAAAGACAUGUUCAUUAAGAAAAGCGUGCUUGCUCCUGGGUGGGGAAAGUGGAUUUCAGACCGAAGCGUGGUGGUCUGUGAAGAGAAGCAUCGUUUCGUUCUUCCAGCCAAUCAGAGGACAAGCAGCAUUGCUAUGCAAUGCAAAAGUCUUUAGAUGGAUAAGAACUUCUAACUUAUUGGUUUACACAGACAGUGAUUUUUUGAAAUAGAUUUAGACUUCUAGAGUUGGUGUAGUUUCAGAUGAAUCCAUUGUGUUGCCUUAAGAGUUUUAAGUUGACCAAAAACCAUCUGAGAGUAGGCAGUGCCUAUGAAUGUUUUUCAGCCUACAUUUUAGCACGAUAAGUUCUGUGGACGCAUCAGUAACAUGAUUUGUGUUUUUGCUUUUUCCCAUUAAAAUGCUGAUGUUUAUUACAGCUCACAUUUA